GGAGGCUGAAGAAGGAUCAAAACAGCAUCGCUCUGCAGACAUGUACUAUAAGUAUGAGGAACUUCGCUCAAGACCAUACAUCACAUCUGACUCUGAAAUCCCAGAAAACCUCCUGCACCUCUGUCACUCCUUUGGCUAUGACAGUGGGCGCAGGGGAAACCUGCAGCUCCUGGAUGACAGAACUCUGAUCUUCAUAGCAGGCAACCUGCUCGUCCUGCUGGACAUUUCCACCAAGGAGCAGAGGUAUCUCCGCUCCUGCAGUGGAGGAGGAAUCGGCUCCAUUGCGGCACACCCUAGCAAGGAGUACUUUGUUGUCGCCGAGAAGGGGAAGCAGCCAGACAUCAUAGUAUAUGAAUAUCCCUCGCUGCGACCAUUCUGCAUCCUCAGAGGCGGAACAGAGCGGGCGUACAGCUUUGUGAAUUUUAAUCCAGACGGGAGCCUGCUGGCCAGUGUGGGGAGCGCCCCCGACUACAUGCUGACGCUCUGGGACUGGAGGAAGGAGAAGGUGAUGCUGAGCUGCAAGGCUGUUUCUCAAGAGGUGUACCGGGUCAGCUUCUCCCCCUACAACCCGGGAAUGCUCACAUCGUCAGGAUCUGGACACAUCAAGUUCUGGCAAACAGCCAGCACAUUUACCAGCCUUAAGUUGCAAGGGCUCAUUGGACAUUUUGGGAAAACUGCAGCGACUGAUAUUGAGGGCUUCGUGGAACUUCCUGAUGGAAAGGUGGUGUCCGGCUCAGACUGGGGCAACUUGCUGCUGUGGGAUGGGAAUGCAAUCAAGGUGGAGAUUUGUCGUAAGGAGGGUCGGAACUGCCAUGCUGGGAUGGUCCAGCCAUUCGCCCUGGAAGACGGACAGUUGAUGACAAUUGGCUCUGAUGGAGCGGUUCGGGGUUGGGACUUUGAGAGCAUCAACAGUGCGGACAGUAACAGCGACGGCAGCAGGUUUGAGCUGGAGCCCAUGAACGAGAUGGUGGUCGGACACAACGUGUGCCUCUCCUCUUUAGUCAGGAGCUCCCUGCCCGACUCCUUCGUCUGUUUUGCUCAGGAUUCCAGAGGAGCAAUCUGGAAACUGGAUUUUUCGUUCACUUACACUACUCCUGAUCCAGAGUGCCUGUUUACCUUCCACGCCGGGGCGAUCCAGGGCCUGGACGUGUCGAGGAAAUCUCACCUGAUGGCCACGACCGCUCUCGACCGAUCAGUCAAAGUUUUUGACUUCCUGGCCAACAGAGAGGUGACCAGCAGUCGCUUCUACCAGGAUGGAACUGCUCUCAGCUGGGCUCCGCCUUUGGUGAACGAGAGCGGAAGCUUACUGGUGACGGGCUUUGAGGACGGGGUGGUCCGCUUACUGGAGCUGUACGACCCUCAAAGGCUACACGUGGUCACCGGGCGCACCCCCAAUGGAGAUGCCAAGCUGCGCCUCAAACAGGCUUUCAAACCCCAUAAUGCCCACGUGACUGCUAUUGCAUAUGAGCGAAAUGGAGAGAUCUUAGCCACGGGGAGCUCUGACAGCACUGUGUUCUUCUUCACUGUCGGGGAGAAAUACAACCCUAUCGGCUUUGUCCACGUUCCUGGGCCAGUGCAGGCGCUGGAGUGGUCACCUCGUUCCCACAGUGAAAGCAGGUUGCUCAUCCUGUGUCAAAGCGGUCAUGUGGUCGAGGUUCACAGUCCUGAUCCAGAGGCACAGAGGCCAACCGAAACCUUUCAUCUGCCUGAACUGCCCAGCCUGUAUUUCAGGUUCAGGAGUAUCAAAUCUCGAAUCAAGAGAGAGGAGAAAAUCGCACAGCUUCAAGAAAUGAAGGAGAAGAAGAAGAAAGAGAGCGGAGAGAGGAUGAAAGAAUUAGAUCAGGAGGAGGAGGAGGAGGAGGAGGAAGAAGAGUUGCCUGCUAUCUACAACCCUGACCCUCCAUGUCCUCUGUACUGUGGCUUCUACUCACAGCCUGGCCAGUUCUGGCUCUCUAUGGGUGGCUUUGACUCAGGUUUCCUGUAUCACUGUAAGUUCUCUGAGAAACAGGACCAAGAUCCAGACCAGCGGCAGGAUGAGCCGUUUGACUUCCUGCCUGUCCACAACACAGAUGAUGACCCCAUUCGCUCAGUCACCUUCAGCUCCAACGGGCAGCUGCUGCUCUGCGGCAUGCACUCAGGCUUCAUCAGGGUUUACCCUCUGCAACCUGGCGACAGCGGCCUCACCUCCAUGCAUGCCUACUGGGCCCUCGCUGUGCACGACAACCAGUACGGGCACCUGCGGCACAUCCGCUGUAGUUACGACGACCACUUUGUGCUGACAGCAGGAGAAGACGGCAACAUCUUCUCCUUCAGCCUGCUGCCUCCGGAGGAGCUAGAGAAAGGCCUGCAGAGAAAGAGGGCCAGGGUUCCUUCUCCCCGGGUGGGUCUAGAGAACGAGUCGUUAGCUCAGGACAUCGAGAACCCAGCUGCCUACAGCAUUGAGACGGCCAAGCAGAAGCUGGAAAACGACCGUCUGCGCCGGGAGGCCGGGCUGAAGAUUGCGGCAAAGCGCAAGAAGCUGGCCGAGCUGCAGAAGAAGUUUAAGCAGCUACUGGACGACAACCAGAGUCUGCCGGAGCACGUUCGACUGAAACCUGCGGAGCUGCAGUUGGACCGGCGUUUCAGUGAGCAGGCAGAGAGGGUCAAGGCCCAGCGGGUGAGGGAGGUCAGAAAGCAGAUGGCCUGGGACCAGGAGCGCAGCAGCAUAGCCCUCAGAAAACUGCAGGACUGGUUCAAGGACCCUCUGGAGGUCACUGUGGUUGCCUUCCACACCGACCAUAGAGUCUCCGCUUACCGUCUGCCGGCACGCACAGUGCCUUCAUCCCAGCUCAGAGAUCAGAGGAGACCCAGCUGCCUCAACGGAGACAAAGCUACUGGACUAGAAUGCAGAGAAUCAAAAGUCGAGCCUGCAAAAGACAGCAGCAUUUUAGAAAAGGAGGAGAUGCUGCACCGCCCGCAGGCCCGUCCAGCAGCAACGAAGCUAACAAAUCGGCAGAUCGAGAGGCUCCAAAAGGCUGCAGAGCGAGCUGAACAGGCUCGAGCCAAGAUAGAGAAGAGAAAGCUGGAAUGGGCCCAACUUUACGCAGAGAAGCCAAACAAGGACUAUGAGGAUCCACAGGACGUCCAGGCCAUCCGUGAAGCCAAAGAGAACAUUGGAGACUUAAAACUGAAGUCAGACAAAGACUUUACGGUGCCCAAACACCUGAGGAUGAAUGCUGAGGAGAAGAGAGCAGAGCUGAUAGGCCUGGAGGAAAAGAUCUUUGAGAAGCAGACUGAGAUGAAUGGACGCAUCGUGGCAUUGCGAGACUCUAAGGUUCAUCUAGUGUCUCAGUUGCACGCUCAGACUCAGCAGGUCCACAGGGUCCAGCAGCAUCUGGCAGCCCAUCUCCACAAGCCUCCACCCGCCCUCCCCGCUAUGCUUCCAGAGGAAAACCCUGAGAAGAGGCUGCAGUACAGCAACUUAACACUGAAGCGAUACAAGGCUCUUAAGGAACAAAGGUCCCAGACUAUUGAGCAGGAGAGAGCCACGUAUUUACUGCAGGAGCUGGAGAAAGAGAUGGAAGCAGAAGAAGACGAAAGUGUAAAGGAAGGGACUCCCAGUAUGAGUGGCUCAUCUGGAUCACUAGGAGAAGAAGAGACAGCGGAGGAGGAAGGCCCAGAGCUGAGCGAGCUCGAGGAGGAGCUCCGCAGGGAGGAGGAGAUCACACUGCUGCACGAACAGGACUCUCUGCUGGAGCAGAUGCAGAGCUCAGUGUGUCAGUUUGACGCGGAGCUCAUGCUGCUGCGUCACCAGAAGCUGCGUCUCGACUGCGAGCUGAAGAUGGCCGACCUCCGUCAGCUGACCCUCUACCAGGAGCUGCUGAUCCUCAAAGACUUUGAGAGGAGAGAGGACCCCCUUCAGGGGAUACUCAACGAACGCAUUAUGGAGGAGGGAAAGAUCACGUCUGACCUGGAGGGGCUUCAUGAACAGCUGCAACAGAAGCAGAAAGACAUAGCAAAGCUGCAGGAGAGAGAGAAGGGUCUGAUUACUGUAUUACUGGCCAUGCUGGGCAAAGACAACCCGUUUGAAGAGUUCCUGACCAAAGUAUUCAAGAAGAAGAUCAAACGUGUGAAGAAGAAGGAGCAGACAGGAAGUGAAGAAGAAGUGGAGGAAAGUGAUGAAGAUGACUGGGAUGAUGAUGAUGGCUACGAUCAUGACAACUCAGACUCAGAUGUGGGAGGAUCUGCUCUGGACGACAGUGUCUGCCCUCAAGGCUGCGAGCUAGAGUUGUUUGAGAACACACUGCAGCUGCGUGAGCGUCGGCUAGACCUGGAGGAACUUCUAGCGAAGGAGAAGAAGAGUGCUGAAGCUCUGAAGAAGGAGUGCGACACCCUCUUUAAGAAGGAGAAAUCGAUUAAGACCAGUCGGAUGGCGGCCGAGGACAAUUUGGAGUUGAUCAACAGGGAGAAGCAGCAGAAAAUGAACGAACUGGAAGUGGUGGUUCCGCUUCGACUGCACCAGAUAACGUUUGUCUUAAACGGCUCGGUGCCAUCAGACCUGAGCCCGGCUGUGGUGGUGGACGGGAAGGAGCUCAACAGGCUGCAGGAGCGCAGCCCGCAGCUGCACGCGGAGAAGAUUCAGCAGAGAGAUCGCUGCUGUGAGGCGCACAAGCAACACCGCAAGCUCAUCCAUGACAGCAGGGACAUGAACGCCGAAAUCCAGGUGCUGGAGGAGCGGUGCAACCAGCUGAUGAUGCUGAAGUUUGGGAGGCUGGUGGAUCUGGAGGCUCUCCAGAUGCUGUCGGGAAACAGGACGGUGGAGGAGCUCAAGCAGGAGAAAUUCAUCCGAGAAGCUAGAUACGCAAAGGAAAUAAGACAGUGGGAUAUGAAGGUAGAAGAGGCACAUGACGCUCUGAUGGAGGUCACCAGGCGUAACACAGAGCUUCUCAGAUGCAAGACCAGCCUCUUGGACAAGAAAAGGCAACUGGAGCAAAACAUCGAUGCCAGACAGAAAAAAAUGGGCAGUACCUUUGAGUAUAGCAGGAGACGUGUGGAUAAGGAGGAGAUUCGGAGGCUCCAGGGCCUAGUGAAAAGCCAAUCCCAGCAGGCCGAAGCCCUGAGGAGAGAGAUUGUCCUCCUGUCCCGUCAAGGAGGUCACGUCCUGCCCCCAGGCUGGGCCCCGCUGCCCCCUCUCCCCCGCUUGCCCACGCUCAGAGGCCGCACCCACACUGGCCACCAAUCCCGGGAGGAAGGCCACCUCAUCCCGCCCAUCCAGGCCCCGCUGCCCCCGCUUAACCCCUUGUCCACCGCAGCAGCAGCAGAGGAGGAGGAUCAGGGCGUCCUUCCAAACCGUGAAAAGUACCAAAGUCUCCCAGCCGACAAGGAGCCACUAAACAUGGAAUGACAAUGCAGGAAUAACUUAGGAUUUAUUGCUUGACGUAUGAUAAAAAAAAAUACUUCAGUUGGUUGACUGCUGUGUUUGUUCAUAAUUCAAAGCUUUAAACAAUGAGACUGUUUGAUUGUGUCUCUACUGAAAGCUAAUUUUGAGUUUUACUUUCUUUUUUCAGUUUUAAUUAUUUUCACUUUAAUUUACAUCAACUAAAUAAUACAGCUUUAAAUUAUGUUAUGGCCGUUGCAUCGUACCCAGGUAGCCAGGAACCCAGGAACAAAGGGUUCCGGCUCGAUGCGGACAGAUGUGAGCCAGCUUUGGCCCAUUUCAUUCAUGCCAUAUCUGGCCCAGAUGUAAAUGUUACAGACAUGGCUCUAUUCUGGCACAGUCAUUGCCACCGAGUUUAUCCCCAACCAGCACUAAAGUAGGUUCUGGCCCGUUGAUGGUUUCCUGACCUGUGCUGAAUCUGUCAUUUUAGCAACGGGCAUAAACUGGUGGCAUGGAGACAUGGCAGCCGGGUUUAUCGGCAACCCUCUCUGAAACAUGUUGAGAGAGAGAAAAUUGGUUGUCUGUCGGGUUGCUAAGGGACAUGGACAGCAGAUUUUUGUAUUUGUGAGUACAGUGUGCACUGUUCUCCAAUCUAAGAUGACCGUGCAUGGCCGCGCUCGAUGUUAUGGGGCGCCGUUUGUAAAGUGUCGCACGUUCUAAAAUUCUGCAUAGUUUUGGUACAUUUAGCAUCAUAUCAAAGAAAAGCAGGACAAAAUUCAUAUGUCACUUUUUCAAAUAUUAUAUAUAUUUAUAUAAUAUAUGAUGCUGCUGUUUGCUAAUUGGAUAUGUCAAGUAA